AUGAGUUUAAUACAAAAUGAUGAAAAUUUCAUUUCAAAAAGAAUGGCAGUAGCUAUAGCAAUCUUAAUAUUGUAUUUAUUGCAUUACACAACUUUAUUUUUAAGUUCAUGCUUCAAUUAUAAAUAUUAAGGAGAAUAUACAAGUAGAAGAAUAUUUUUGUAUGGUAUAUCAGGUAUAAAUAAAAUAUAUUAAGGAUUAUUAAGUAUGAGUGCAAUAUAGAGUAAUAUAUUUUCAGCUGUAUUAGCUUGGUUAACAUUGA